GGGCCCGGGCCGGGCCCACCCCCUGUGCCGGAGCCGCCCCCGCUCCGCGUCACCGCCGCUCCCCGAUAAAAAGGCGGCGGCGGCCGCGGCCCGCCCGCAGCGGGCGCCAUGUUCUCCCUCAAGCCCAGGGCCGUGCUCGGCUUCAACCUCUACUGCGGGGGUUCGCCGGCCUUGGCCCCCGCGGCCCCGCCGCCGCGCCCGGAGCCCUCGGCAGGAGCCGCUUCAGGAGCCGCCUCCGGAACCGCCGCCCCGGCCGGAGCCGCCUCAGGAGCCGCCGGAGCCGCCUCAGCCGAGCGGGCCCCCCUCGCUGCCGCCGGCCGCCCCCCCCGCACGCUGAUUGGCUGCGGCGCCGCGCCGCGCGCGCUGAUUGGCUGCGGCGCGGCUCUUUGGCGCCCCGAGCAGGAGCUGGACGGCUGCGACCCCGACGCCGAGAAGGGCCCUCCCGAGGAGGAGGAGGAAGGGGGCGAUUCCCUGCCCGGCACCCCCCCGGGACCCCCCGACCCGCUCCGGCAGGACACGCUGGAGCUCAUCGGCCGCUACCUGCGGGAGGCGGCGGGGGAGGCCUCGCCGGCCGGCGGCAAAAAGCUGUUUCCCGGGCUGCUGGGUGGGCCCGGCCGGCCCGGAGCGGCGGGGGAGGCCGUGAUGGAGAAGGCGCUGGAGACGCUGCGGAGGGUCGGGGAUGGGGUGAUGAGGAAGCACGAGCUCGCCUUCCAAGGUGGGUGACGGCCACGGUGGCCUCGAGCCUGCCUCCCCCCGGCGGGGCGGGAGGGAAUGGAGGGGGGGUCCGAUGGGCGCGACCCGCCGCCCCCCCUUGGGGGGCGAGCCACGGACCCCGGUGCCGGGGGGAUUUGGGGGGCUCUGCCCUGCGAGAGGGGGCACAGAGAGGGGUGGUGCCGGCGUCGAGGUUCCGCCAUCGAAGUCCCCCGAGGUCGAGAGUCCACCCUUGGAGUCGGGGGAUCCACCCCACAGAGCCUCUGGGGGUCGGGGGUUCAUUCCCGAAGUUCCCCGGGGUCGGGGGUCCACCCUCAGGGUCGGGGAUCCACCCCCCGGAACCUCUCGGGGUCGGGGGUCCACCCUUGAG